AUGGCGGCCAUAUAUGGAAGGCUUGAAAUGUCUUACAAUCUCUCGUUUACGACUCUUUCUUUGGUUUCUGUCCUUGCUGGAUUCAUCAUGAACAAGAUCACAAAUCUAGCUCCCGUCACAGCAUUUGGAGUAACCUAUCUGAUAGUGGUCCUCUCCUACUAUAUUCUUUACCAGUCAUGGAUAUAUCCAUUUUAUGUGUCACCUCUUCACGGUAUCCCUACCCCGCCGUGCUUCCCACUCUGGGGUCAUACGCCCAUUAUCAUUACAAGCGAGAUGAGCGUGCCUCAGCGAAAGUGGCACCAGCAAUAUGGGGAUAUCGUCAGAUAUUUCUAUCCUUUUGGUAUUGAGAGGCUUUCCGUUGUCGACCAUGAGUCUAUCAAACAAACUACAGUCAGCAAUCCUUACAACUACCCCAAACCACCAACAGUUCGAAAUUGGAUGGCAAGAUUAUUGGGUAGUAAUGGAGUUCUCCUCGCAGAAGGCGACGUACAUAUUAAGCAACGAAAAGCUCUUGCGCCUGGUUUUUCGACACAAUCCAUAAAGGCGCUCUGUCCCAUUUUCUGGCGCAAGGCACUGCUACUGAGUGAGAUAUGGCGGCAGGGGAUGGCUGAAGCCAACACAAAUCAGAAGUCUAUUGAAGUGCUCGAAGGUCUCAAUCGGACAACUCUCGAUAUCAUCGGCCAAGCGGGCUUUGGAACGGAGAUUGACUCGCUACGAUAUCCAGAGGCGCCGCUACGAGCAGCAUACCAGGCUGUCUUCGCGUUUGAUGUUGCAGCAAGAUUCUAUCACGCCAUCCAUACCUGCACGAUGUUUGCCAAAUAUCUGCCUAUGAAAACGAACCGCGAUAUGGCUAGAUCUAGGAAGGUCAUUCGUGACGCAGCUACUCAAAUCAUCGAAUCGAAAUUGUACAAAGUCAAUUCGACGGACAAGGACAUUAUCGCGUUGACCAUCAGGAACAACAAUUCUGCUGGCGCGGACCGCUUGAGCUUCGACACCAUGAGAGACCAAGUCAUGACAUUCCUCAGCGCAGGCCACGAUACCACAGCGACCGGAGCGGCCUGGACAUUACAUUUGCUAGCCAAGUACCCACACGUCCAAGAGCGUCUGCGAGCAGAGAUCAAGCAGCACAUGAGCUUCCUCUUCGACCCUCACAGCCGCGAGAACGAUGUAAACAUCGCAAGCGUAGAUGUCGACAACCUCCCAUACCUCGACAACGUAUGCCGCGAGUCCCUCCGCUAUAUCCCUCCCAUCCCCCUAACCUCCCGCCAACUCAUCUCUGAAGACCGACUCGCAGGCCACGUGAUCCCGCCGCAGACUUACGUCGCUAUCCACGCCAACGCCAUCAAUCGCCUGCCGCAAUACUGGGGCCCUACGGCGGGGGAAUUCGAUCCUGAUCGCUGGGACUGUCUGCCGAGUACCUACAGCACAAGUGCGUUCAUGACAUUUCUGCAGGGUCCUAGAGGGUGUAUCGGGCGGAAGUUUGCGGAGACGGAGAUGAAGACGCUGCUGUGUGCGUUGUUGAGCCGGUUUGUGUUUGAGUCCAACGAGAGGUUUGAGGAUCCGGAGGAUGUGAAGAUGUGGAGGUUGGUGCUAAGACCGAGGGAUGGGGUUCAUUUGAAGGUUAGUUCGCUGGUGUGA